UUUUUUUUUUGCUGUGGGCUGGUUCUGAACUGACAGCUCUUGUUGAGGAAAAUUUCUCCCUAAUCAGUCAUGCCUGGAGACGGUGGAUAGAUAAUAAGCACGAUGAAGAUGAAGCGCGAGAGCAAAUUAGCAAUGCUCUGGAAGAGAUGAGUGGGGCGCAGAGCGAGGAGGGAGCAAACAGCUCCCCGCCUCAGGCGACGGCUGGGGACACCUUCAUCCUGUAGGCGGAAAUUCAGGGCCCAAGUGGCCCUUUAGGGAUGUCUAUGAGGUUCUCAUCCAGAGAAAACGACUGUAAUGAUCACGAUUGGUUGGAAUCCUGGCAGAUGGUGUACCUGGUGUGCAAACGGAAGCUGGAGAGUAAGAAGGAGGCCUUGCUCAUCCUCUCCAAGGAGCUGGACACCUGCCAGCAGGAGAGGGACCAGUUCAAACUCAUGGCCAACCAGCUGCGAGAACGGCACCAGGCCCUGAAGAAGAAGUAUCGGGAGCUGAUUGAUGGAGAUCCAUCACUCCCCCCUGAAAAGCGGAAGCAGGCUAAUCUUGCACAGCUGCUGAGGGAAUCUCAGGACAGGAAUAAACAUCUGGGAGAAGAAAUUAAAGAACUUCGGCAAAGGCUUGGCGAGGUCCAGGGUGACAAUAAGCUGUUGAGGAUGACGAUUGCUAAACAAAGGCUCGGAGAUGAAGAAAUUGGCGUGAGGCACUUUGCAGCCCAUGAGCGCGAGGAUUUGGUGGAGCAGCUGGAGCGAGCAAAGGAACAGAUAGAGUCACUGGAGCACGACCUGCAAGCGUCAGUGGAUGAACUCCAGGAUGUUAAGGAAGAGCGGGCUUCCUACCAGGACAAGGUGGACAGGCUGAACCAGGAGCUCAACCAUAUCCUGGGGGGUCACGAGAACCGGAUCAUUGAUGUGGAUGCUCUGUGCAUGGAGAACAGAUAUCUCCAAGAGAGACUGAAACAACUCCAUGAGGAGGUCAGCCUUCUGAAAUCGAACAUUGCCAAGUACAAGAAUGCUCUUGAGAGACGGAAAAACUCUAAGGGCCAAGGCAAGUCCAGCAGCAGUGCUCUGACUGGGGUCCUGUCCGCAAAACAAGUUCAGGACCUGCUCUCUGAAGAUCAUGGCUGCAGCCUCCCAGCUACUCCACAGUCCAUCGCUGACCUGAAAUCUCUGGCCACUGCCCUGCUGGAGACGAUCCACGAGAAAAACAUGGUCAUUCAGCACCAGAGGCAAACCAACAGAAUCCUAGGGAAUCGAGUGGCAGAACUAGAGAAGAAACUGAGAACUCUGGAAGUUUCUGGUUUGUGGAGUCUUCCAGGCCUGAGCUACAAUGUUUCAGUUGGAUUUGGGAGGGGCAAGGACGCCAUACUGUUCAGUGACCAGACUCUCCCCACCAUACAGAGGUCAAAGUCAUCACUGCUGAAGUUUGUGGAACAGCCCGUGGAGAACAAGGAGAGUGUCAGGGAUGGGGACAUUCAGAAGCAGGAGAGAGAUGAAAGCUCUGCGGCUGCUGAGGUGUUGACAGUGCCUGAGGAUGCUGGAAAGCCCGCUGUCAGCUCCCCGGCCCAGCCAAGCAACAUGGACCAGUGCUCUCACUUUCGUCAUUCUCUGUUAUCCCAGCUACCUUCAGAAGAAGUAAACACAGUGGGAAGGGAGAUCAUUCAACUGACUGAUGGGCAGGAGGCUGCAGACCUGGAAGAGGUCACAAGGGAGGCUCCCACAGAGGAUCAGAGGUGUGAGCCAGGCCUGUCCCCAUCUAGCCCGGCCUCCCAGGGGGAGUGCACCACAACCCUCCAGGACCACUCACCUUCCUUGCAGCCUGAAGCCAAAGCAUCCAGUGUGGAAGAUGACAGGGGGAUCUCAGAGGGUGGAGACAUAAGAAGCCCUGUGCAAACAUGAGGGGAAGAGAGAGUGACAGGGUGACACGUUGAAGGCACCAGGGACAGCGCAGAAAGGCUGAAGCCUCAGAACAGUCAUCCAAGCCACUUUCUGCUAAAACACCUUGCUGUCUGCAAACAGAAAAUGCUCUGAUCCUGCUACAAGCUGGGGGACGCCCGAUGGUGCCAUCUCUUGUCUGAUUUAUUAAAGCUGGUCUGUGAGUUGCUUGGUGUCACCUCUGUCUGCUGAAGACGUGCUGCUGUGAACAUGGCCAGGCACAAGAACCGUGCUUGCCAUAUGGCUGCCUUUCCACAUCCUUCUAUCCUGUCAGCAUUUGUUGUAUUAGAGAGAAGAUGUUUUUCCAUUAACAUUUAAUGUUACCCAUCAAAAUGAUGGAGCAAGCUGGGAAAGGAAGGGUUUCCUCCCACCCCCACCCUGGGAAUAGCCAGGUAGAUAGAAGGAAGGAUGUAGUUGAAUGAAAUUGCCAUGUAGGGGUCUCUGAGGAU